CGCCGCUGCGCGCCCUGGUCCGGAGCGCUUCCAGUUGAGAGAUGGCGGCGUCGGCAGGUAGAUCUUGGCUGCUGUUGCUCAGCAGGAGCAGCGGGCGGCUGACAGCUUGCGUACCCGGACUCGGAGUCAGCAGGCACCGGCCUCACAGGACGGUGCACCAGAGACUUCCUACAUGGCUGAGCCAAAAAGUAGCAUUUUGCAGUGCAGCAUCGCCCUCUGAUGAUGUGACUGUGGUUUACCAAAACGGAUUGCCUGUGAUAACUAUUAACCUCCCGUCCCGGCAGGAGAAAUGCAGAUUCACUCUAAAGCCUAUUUCCGAUUCAGUCGGAGUAUUUCUGCAGCAGCUCCAGGCAGAAGAUCGAGGAAUAGACAGGGUGGCAAUUUACUCCACAGAUGGAUCCCGUGUAUCCUCUUCCACAGGGAUAGAAGUUCUUCUAUUAGAUGACUUCAAGCUGUCCAUUAAUGAUAAAACGUACUAUGUGCGACCACCAAGGCGAGACCUUUUAUGCCAUGAAGAUGCAACGACCAUGAAUGACCUAAAGUCUCUUGUACAGCAGUUGUACAGUUCUAUGAGCGUUGACGAGCACCAGCUCAACAAAGAGAGAGAGCUGUAUGGUCGGCUAGAGGUCCUACGGGAGCAGCUAGAACCACUGGAGAAGGUCAGGAUUCAGAUUGCUCAGAGAGCAGCGAAGAAGACCAGGUUUGUCCAGUGGUGUGUCUUAGCUUACAUGUCUGUACAGUUUGGCGUCCUCGCCCGUCUGACGUGGUGGGAGUACUCUUGGGAUAUCAUGGAGCCGGUCACUUACUUUAUCACUUACGGCGGUGUCAUUGGAAUGUAUGGGUAUUUUUUACUAACAGGAAAGGAAUAUAUUUAUCCAGAUGCCACUGACAGGCAGUUCUUAAAUUUUUUCCAUAAAUCAGCCAAAAAAACGAGUUUUGAUUUUCUAGAAUACAAUCGACUCAAGGAUGCUAUUGCUCAGGCUGAGUUGGAUCUUAAAAGACUGCGUGAUCCCAUUCAGAUGCAGCUACCAAUCCGACAAAUUGAUGACGACAAAGAUUGAUUAUUGUGUAACUCUUAAAUCCCCAGCGAAACCUGCGGAUAUCUCUUGCCUUUGAAUAAAAAGCGUUAUAGGUGAUAGCUGGGAUGUGGUAUUGGGAUAGGUGAUCAUUUCUCCCUCCAUACUGUUUUUUUAUUUUGUUUUGUUUUUUCAUUUGUUCUUCUUUUUCUUUCUUCCAUAUGUUUUGAGGUUUUUGUUUUUUUUAAAUCUUUUUAAGCUGUUAAAACUAUCUAAAAGGGAAGAUUAAAAAUGGAAUUUAAUCCGAUCUUGGGGCCUUGCCAUGGUUAAAAGCCUCUCCUCUAAGGGCUUGGAAGAUUUCUUAUUCAAAUCAUAUCUAUUUUAGUUGUCAGUGAAAAUGAAUGAUAAAUACAUGAAUGAGGGUUCUGAACCAAUUACUCUUAUUUUUUGAGAAUUAUUUUUCCGUUCCACCCUAAUUUUAUGGUGUUAAGGAUGUGGCAGAGUGCCUAGAAAACACAUUGGUUUAAUGGUAUACCAAGCUACUGGAGACACGCCAGUAGCGCACAAUUAAUACCAUUUGGAAGAGCGUUGGAUCAGAUGUACCAGACGUAACCUCGGCAUAAUACUCGACUGCAGUUUCAAAACAUUUGUGGCAAUGAUGUUGAGGCGUUCUUACGCUUUCCUGUCAUAAAACUCCAGGUUCGUGCAUAUACCUGUCUGUGUUUAGAUGCAACACCGUUCAACUUUAAUCCAAGUCCCAAACACAGUAAAACUUUCUGCUAUGCAUCUUAAGAAACCGCACGUGAUUUUUCUCGUAAUCACUUUCUAAAUGUCCCCUGUCCUUCUCCCUCCCACUGCCUUGGCUAUAUAUAUAUGUUUCAGGGGUUCAAUGCAUGGAUAGGUUUUUAUGUUUGUUUGUUUUGGGAGGGAGAUGUCCUCAUGUCCCUGCACUCUUGGUUGGUGGUUCAGUGGGGUAGUGAAUCAGAGUUGCGUGAAUAUGAACAGUUACCACCUCAUUCUGACAUCACUGUCAUCUUAAAGACUCUACUUCUCCUGGCUGGUGUCCUAUUACUAGAGACGCAACAACUUCCUGGAUGAAACACCCAACAUCCAGCUAUGUUUGAUGUACCGUAUCCAUCGCCGAAGGAUUGGAGAGUGGAAACAACUGAGAUAUCACCUCUAUCUUUGUUCCAAAGAUUUCAGGGGUUUUCUUUCAUUUUUGUUAUUUCCUUUGGAAUAAGCUGCUCUUCCACAGACUUUCAAUAUCAAAAUGGUGCAGUCUCUUGUUUGGGUUGGCAUGGUGGGUAAUAAGUUUGUUUCCGGCUACAAGUCUGUAGAGACUAUUUUAUUUCUUUAUUUUUUACUUUUUAAUUAUUAUUUUUAAGGACUCCCCACUGUGAAAGGCUCCUACUUCAGGGAUAGGAUUACAGAACUAAAGGAGUGAAGCCAGAUGACUGGUGCCUUGCAUAUAUUGAAAAAGAGAGGAGAGUAACUGUUCUCUUCAUGUAUUAAAGGACAUAGCUGGCAGUCAAGUUACCAAGGACUCCAUGCCAGCCUAACUCAUGUCCACAUGGAACAUAGCUGGCGGAUGCUGCCAACUCUCGCAGUCUUAAAUACCUGCCCAAUCUAUGUCCCUCCUCUCAGGUGGAUUGAUUCCUUUUUCCAUGAUUGUCUGUUUCUUUCUAGUCUUUUGUCCUGUACUGCUUCACAAUUGUACAUCCAUGCAGAACAUAGAUUGCAGAACACAGUAACUGCAUUCCAGAGGUGAUGGCUAAUGCCUGUUACCUGGAACUCAAGAGAUAGUGGCUGCAUGGUCUAUUUGUUUAAGAUGUGCUCUGUAGUAUAUGGGGUGGGAUGGCUGAUAUGGAAAUAGCAAGAUUGACAAUCACCUUCACCUACAGAAAUUAAUGAACAGUAUAGUGCAUAGGAUGUUAAAAUUAAGUUUUAAGUGCAUUUAAAGCAAUUUAAAUAAUAUUUAGUUGUUACGCCAAGUGCCGUAACCCUGUAACUGUGUUUCUGCUUGGAUGUCUAUGAUUUUGAACAGCAGAUCCUCUUUUUAACACUAACACAAGCUAAAGCUUUUCUUUUACCAUUUGCACUUCUGCUGCUGAAGGAGCUGGAAGCACAUACCCACUGAGGCCUUUCCAGCAACACACGGUCUAAUCCUGUCUGUACAGGUGGAAAUGAACAGGAAUUGUCUCUAAGGGGUGGUGGGUGGGAGGGGGGUGUUGCGGGGAGGUUUGGAGCAUGGAGGAAUGUCCUAUAAAUAAGCAAAAUAUAGAUGUGUAAAAUCCUGUAACAUUUAUGAAAUAUGUAUAAAAGAAAAAAAUGUAAUUCUGCAACAAUAAACACUUAUUAAAUUUUUCAAGUAAA